AUGGCAGGGGAGACAACGCAGCGUGCGCUACGCCGGGUAACGCAGUCGUUGGACACAGAAAAAAAUACUAAGAAACGUGCGCUCCUAUAUUUGCAACGUGCUCUGUAUUAUGCCACGUCGCAAGAUAGUAAACACGCGCUACGCGAUACGCGCGAGGCCAUGCGUCUGGCAUCCUCUGACGUCGACGCAUUAACACGCGCAGCUCACAUCUUCACGGUACUUAAUAUGCCAGAGAAGGCGGUGAGAGUCCUCGAUGCCGCUCUGCAUCGCGCACCGACAGAUUCCCAAGCUCAACAUAUUCAUUCCUUGCGUAUUGCCCUUCAGCCACGCGAAUCCGCCUUGCAUAGACUGCCCGUUGAGUUGAUGGUGCACGUAUUUGGUUACCUCUCCUUUGCUUCUUUGUUUCCGUGUAUGCAAGUAUGCCGUGCAUGGCGUCGAUGGAUUACACGACACUCUCCGCUAUGGCAUACCAUCCAUGUAAAGGCCGCCUCGGGGCCGCCGAGUGCUGAUCCUGUGGUCCUACGUGCUCAAUCUGAUACUCUCAAGACAUUUGUAUCGCGGAGUACACGGCACCUAUCUCACCUGUCUCUCACACCUCCCCUCACUAACAUGGAUCGACCAUGGCGCAUCCUGCCCUAUCUGCGCUUGACAUCUCUGUACAUUGAAUGUGAUUAUACCCGCGCGGCAGCUUGGUUUGCUUGGGCCAUGCAACUUCCAAAACUUCAUCAGCUUACGAUUCAAUGCACUGCAUCGAAAUUUACCUCACCUCAUCCAUGGCUCGGCUCUCCUAUGCCGGUGCCUACCGCCACACCACCUCUCACGCAUUUGUCACUCUUCCAAACACCCCCCCUUCGUGAAGAGCAUGCUUCCUUAUGCUCGCAUCUCCAUUCGUUUGUGUACGAUGCUGGCCCCUCUAUGCAGGCUCUUCAGGACGUGCGUGAGCGUGCUAUGCCCAUCAUCACGUCUAUCUGCUUGGAUUUGGGUGGGGGCGCCUUACGGUCUUUACCCACGGUGCCGAAUUUAUCAUCACAACCAAUGUUCCCUUAUUUGGAAAUCCUGAAAGCACCAUGGACCUUGGUGUGGCCUCUUCUAACACCGCAUUUACGUGUAUGGGAAUGCCAGUUGGCAGGAGCAGGUACCACGACUUACGCGCUCAUGGAGCUUGUGCAUGCCACGCGUACGACACUUGAAGAAUGGAAUAUACGACUUACCAGCGAUACAAGGACGCAAAUUGUCGACGAUGUCCUUGCUCAAUGUACCAACUUACACACUCUACGUAUUUAUGUCGACGAAGCCACUGUGGACCCCCCUGGCCUACUCACGCCGGCCGCUGCCAUGGCGAGUGUGUGUACGCCUGCGUUGCUGCUGCAGCUGCUCACGCCUGGCGCUCUACAUCACCAGGUUCGUUGUCCUAAGUUGCAGCGCAUCGAGAUCCAUAACGAUACGUCUGUCCGUGGUCGCGAGCUGAUGGAAAUGCAUGGAAAACGUUAA